GGACCCUGGGCAAAAGGGGAUCAUGGGGCCCCUGUGUCCUUGCCCAAACUCAAAAAAGCCUAUGAAAAAGGUACCAGGGGCAUCUCAUGGGGCCCCCUACUGACCCCGGGCCCUCGAAAAAAAGGAGAACAUCAACACCACAGUAGGGAAUCAUGGAGAUGCAAACUUGAAGGCCUGAUUCAGGGGCGGACUGACAACUCAUGGGACCCCCGGGCAACAGGGGAUCAUGGGGCCCCUGUGUCCUCGCCCACACUCAAACCACACCCAAAAAAGCCUAUGAAAAGGUACCAGGGGCAUCUCAUGGGGCCCCCUACUGACCCCGAGCCCUCGGGCAGUGCCCGAGUUCCCAAAUGGUCAGUUCGCCCCUGGGCCUGAACAAUAUG